AAUGGAUCUUUGGAAAAAAUGCGAGAGAGAGGGAGAAAGGGAGGAGAAGAGGGUGAGCUAAGGGAGGGGGGAAACGGCGUAUGCUUGUAUACAACAACCCUGAUUUCCAUUUUUUCCCCCAACUCGUAAUGUAUUUAAUUCAAGUGAAACGUAAUCAUGACGUGUCGUGUCAUUAAUCCGCCCGCCGCCUUUCCCAGCACUAAAGGAGGCCCCUCUGGCCAAGACACUGAAAGCAUGGCAUAGCAUCACACAUACUACUGAGAAUGGAUUCUCCUCCUGAGUGUGUAUUGGCUCUGUCCUGUGAGCCGCCCCAGUCACCCACUACACUACCAUCUCUGGACCAGCAGUCCCCUGGCCCCCUUCACACUUGCUCCCAACUCUCCCCUUUACACAGCCUCCUGGACCUGCCUGUCCCCUUCAGUCCCACAGCCCUGUCCCACACCCCGACCUCCGACACCCCAGACACCACCCCCUACUCCCCCCUCUCCCCCUUCCCCCUCAAUCACCACAAUGAAGAAGAGGAGGGUGAAGAGAGGUUGUCAGGCCCUCUGUCCCCCACCCCAGCCAUUGCUCUCUUCCCCGGGGGUCUUCGGGAGGUGUGUAGCCCCUCUCUGGAGAGCUCUCCUCCAUCCACUCCGACAUCGUCAGCCCCUCUCUCAGGGUUCGGGGCCCUGGAGCUGGCUCUGUCCUCCGGGCAGCAGGGUGCCACCUGUAGUGAUGAGCUGGACCUCCAGCUCUUCCAUAACGACGGGGGGAGUCUGUCAGGAUCGAUUCCUGGGAUGGUGGGUGUUUCUGGGGGUGUGGCUGGGCUCAAGUUCCCCUGCUUGGUGUGUGGGAAGAAGUUCCGCUUUCAGAGUAUCCUGUCGCUGCACGCCCGCGCUCACAGUCUAGACAGGGACCGCCGCGCCUCAGCUCUGUACCGGACCGGUACCGCGUCCGGUAGCAUCAUUGGGACGGGGUCCAAGCCACAUCUCAAGACCCACCAGAACCACAAGGAUGUCGGGCAGAACCACUACAGCCCCCCGCUGUCUGGAUCUCUCACCCAGGGCCUUAGAGGGGAGGACAGGGACGGUGAAGCCCUAGAGGAGGCUCUGCAGAUGGAUCACCAGACCCUCCAGCAGUUCCUGAUGGAUGACUGCACACAGCUGACCCCUCUGCUGACCGAGGAGGUGCCCCUCUCUCUCUCUCUCACUUCCCCCUACUCCUCCUGCGGCCUGGGUGGUAUGGGUCCCAUCAUCUUGGAAAAAGCUACCGCCGUCGCAGCGCCCGCGUUCCGCUGCCAUGCCUGCAAAGGUAAAUUCCGCACCGCCUCGGAGCUGUCUCGCCACGUCCGGAUCCUCCACAACCCAUACAAGUGCACCCUGUGUCCCUUCUCAGCCAGCCAGGAAGAGCGCCUCGCCGCACACCUCCAGGACUGCCACCCCUCCCUGUCCUCCCUGUCCCUCUCCCCACCUGUGGAACUCCCCACCCUGCCCCCCUACACCCCCAGACACCCCCCCAUCGUAACCACCACCACUACCAUCAUCCCCACCCCCAUCCCAGACACUCUCGUUCCCACCCCCACCCUGGCCCCAGGGGCUCCGCCUCUGCCGGCCUUCCGCUCUGGGCCUGAAGGCUGGUCUGGUGGGGCAGGUGGCCCCUUGCGCGGGGCGCUGAACAAGGAGCGGCCCAAAGGCUUCAGCACACAACCAGGCCUCAACGCUCUCUACUCCAGCCUGCCUGCUGCUCUGGUGGGGGCGGAGGUGGUGGUGGUGAAGGGGGAGAGGCGGGCGAGGAAGGGAGCGACCGGGACGGCGCCGAAGCAGCUCAACAGGCCAGCAGCGCCAGUCACGAGCCCCAUCCAGGAAGCACCGUGGUGGGGAAAUGAGCAGGUCAGGGCCUACUCGUGGAGGUCUGGAUCCCGGAGGAGCGCCGUCCUCGAGCCCCAUGGGAGUGCCCCGACUGUGGGAAGCUGUUUCCGGAGCCUGCAGCAGGUUGGUGCGCACGCCCGCGUCCACGUCCAGCGGCCCCAGAAGAGCCCACGGUCACCCUCCGCGCCAGUUCGGGGGAGCGAGGAGGAUGAGGGGGGAGCCGGGGGCGCAAGGACGAGAGGAGGAGAGGAAGGAGUACUGAAGAGACAGGGAUCCAAACUUCAAAGUGAUCUCAGCAUCAGCAUCAACUAUCAGUCGCGGAGGGCUCGGUCACCAGCCAGGGCCUCAGGGGGGGGGGGGGGGGGGCUGCUGGCUCCUAUGGCCGGGGCUGAACAAAGAGGCCUCAAAGGCUCGGUCACCAGCCAGGGCCUCAACGCUCUCUACUCCAGCCUCCUGCUGGCUCGUGGUGGGGGCGGAGGUGGUGGUGGUGGAGGGGGGAGAGGCGGGCGAGGAAGGGGCGACCGGGACGGCGCCGGAGUCUCUAGUAAAUCGGCCAUCUUGGGCUACCUGGGGUUGCCCAGCGAUGGUGGUGGCGGCGCCAGCUGCAUGGAGCGGCUGCAGGCCGUGGCUCAGGUGGCGGAGAUGGGGAAUGGGAGCGGAGGAGGAGGGGGAGGAGGAAACGGAGGAGGAGGAGAGACAGCGGCAGAUGGAGGGGACCAGAUAGCCAUGUGGCAGCUGGUAGCUCGUAGCCUAGUAGCAGCUCAACAGGCCCAGCAAGCCCAGCAGGCUCAGAGGCAGACGCAGAGGACCCAGCAACUGCACCGAGCCCCAUCCAGGAGCUCCGUGGUGGGAGAGGCUGAGCAGGUCAGGGCCUACCUUGGAGGUCUGGAUCCCCGGGAGGAGCCGCCGUCCUCCGGAGCCCCAUGGGAGUGCCCCGACUGUGGGAAGCUGUUCCGGAGCCUGCAGCAGGUGGUGGCGCACGCCCGCGUCCACAUCCAGCGGCCCCAUAAGAACCACGGUCACCCCCCGCGCCACGCCGGAGGAGGAGAGGAGGAUGGAGGGGCGAGCCGGAGUGGGGGGGGACGAGGAGGAGGUGGGAGAGGAGGUAGUAGCGAGGGAAGACAGGAGUCCAAACUUCAAAGUGGACCUCAACAUCAGUCAGCAGCCGGUGGAGGGUUCCACUCAGUGAUGUCACAGUUCCAAGGAGAGAAUGGUCUGUCUGGCUCUUCGUCAGGCUCUUCGGUGAGCUCUAGGGAGCGUGUGCGAGGCACGGGGGUGAAAGACUGCCCCUAUUGCAGUAAAGCUUUCCGCUCUUCCCAUCACCUUAAAGUGCAUCUGAGAGUUCACACAGGGGAGAGACCGUAUAAAUGUCCCCACUGUGACUACGCUGGCACCCAGUCAGGCUCUCUAAAGUACCACCUCCAGAGGCACCACAGAGAACAGAGGAACACCAUGGGAGCCUCUUCAUCCACCGCCUCCUCCCCAGGCCUCACCAUCGCCUCCCUGGGCAGAGGGGGAGCUCCACAGGGGGAGGGGAGGGAGGGGAUGGCCAAGCAGCGCCGGCCCCAGAGCCUCAACCACAGCUCGGCCACCAGAGGCCCGGCGGAGACGCCUUCCUCCAGGCACAAUCAGCACCAGCCCUGGAUCCUGGGCCUCCCCGAGCAGAGAGACAGGGAACACGCGAAGGCCAUGGCGGGACUGAGAGAGGCAGAUCUGGAGAGCCAGUACCGGUAUCUGUCCGGGGUGAUGGGGGCUUUGUACCAGGGAGGGAUGGAGGGAGGGUGGACGGGGGAGUCACCAACGUCCACCCCCACCCCCACCCCAACCCCGCCAAAGGCGCCCAAAGUGUCCCGCCGCAAACCGCUCACCACCAGCCGUAUGGUGCCAGCUAAUGGGAGGGAGAGGAAGGGAGGGGGGUCAGCUCCUCGGGGUUCCCAGGAAGGAGGGUUGUUGUCCCAGCCCCUGGACCUCUCCCGCCGCCCCUCCCCUGGGCUCGGAGGUCUGGAGGAGGAUGGAGUACCAGGAGGAGGUGGAGGAUCAGGGGAUACCCUCAACCAGUGCCUGUUCUGUCCCUUCCGCACCUCCUCGGCCGAGCUCAUGGCCAUGCACCUCCAGGUCAACCACACCAGCAAGUCCAGGCGUAAGAGGAGGGCCCCCAUCCCCAGCGCCCUGGGUGACCACGGGCCCCAGAGGCCUCCCCAACCCCGGGCCGACCCCAACCCCCUGGCCCUGUGGAGGUAUCUGAGCGAGGCCGAAGACCGGGCCCCCCUGGAGGAGUGGGCCUCAUCCAGGAUGGAGAGGGGGACGGAGAACGGCCUCACACUAGAGGAAGGGGACCUCGAGGGUCGCUACGACCACCACCACCCCCAGGCUUCUAACCGGGCCUCCACCACAAUCAGGAACACACAGAGUGGCCUCGACGGUAGUAGGAAGUUGGAUGAGGAAGAGGAGGAAGAAGAGGAAGACGAGGAAGAAGAAGAGGAGGAUUUGGAAGGGGAGAGCAGUAGUCCUGGGGAUUCUCCUAGAGAGCAUGGGAUGAGGAUGUCUCUAACCAUGUCACCUCCCCUCGGCUCUGACCGUCUAACCAGAGGGGAGGAAGGAGUGAUGGGGGACUAAACAACAACAACAAUGUCAUCCUGCAGAGAGAAGGGAAAAAGCGGUUCAACUAGACAGAAAGGAAGUUGUUUGGGGGUCAUAGGUUGGAGGUCUAGUUCAUAUCACUUCUUUUACAUAGUUCAAGGUCAUUGUCAAGGUCACGACCCCUGACCCUUGACUUUCAAGGGCCACGGACUGAGAACCAUGUCCAUGGAGAGGGUCAUGUAAACAACAGCUCCUUAGGAACACUUAGGAACCCUUUUUAAACAUCCUCCAUUUUUAUCUCUCUUCUUUUAAUAUUUACAUCCCGGGAGUUCAGUGCAGUCCUCUCCAUUUCUCAACCAACCACAACCCCCCUUGUACAAACACACAGUACAGUGUAGGACUUUUGAGGCCUUCUCUUCUAUAUUUCAACGUUUCCUGUUUUCCAUUCCAUCUCCUACCAAGAGGGCUAAUUGUGAUGAUUUGAUCGAGAUUGUCCUCUUGCUGCUGUGAGUCUUAAUAUUAGUAUGUGAGCAAAAAGAAACUGUGACACUCUACCAUUCCAGAGAACACAAAAAGGAUUUUAUCAGACCUUAUACUUAAUGUUUUGAGAAUAAUAAUACUUAUAAGAGUAACGUUGUUGAUUAGUUAUACAACCCACCGCUGUGAAUGGAGGAAAUCUUUAGCAGAACAAGUGUCAAAAUAAGCCAAACUUCAUCACAACUGCCGUUUAAAUAAGAUACCACUUCUUGACACUUUCAAGGUCAUAUUAUGGUCUGUUCAAGAGCACCGAUUCGGAACCUCAGUUCAACCGGAACCAUUCAAGCUGUCAACUCAAGCUAAGCUAUCCAGCUGUCUGCAACAACAACAAAAAACACAACAGGAGCAACUUUUUAACAGACAACUAUUGACAUGACAAUGAUCAAGGACAAGAUGAUCCUGGACCCUGUUAUCACUGCCUCUCAUUGGUCGGAUGGCUGUUCCGAGGUCACCACGGGAACAGAGGAGCAGUUAGUCAUUUCCUGUUUUCCCCUCAGUUUAGUGCCUGUCUAUGUAUGGUAUGUCGUCAAGGGAGAUCUACAGUAUAGACCAGUGUUUCUGGGCUCUUAUAGAACAAUGAUAUCUGAGUAUACAGUAUAAAGCUAAAGUAUAUAUGUUUAAAAAAUGGUUCUAGGGUAUUGUGAAUAGAAAGCUGUAGUGGUAUACAAAGUGGUGUGGAUCUGUCUCUCGUUACAAGAGACCGAUAGCAUCUCUCUGUGGCUUCUGUGAAAAGAAAAAGAUAAAGCACUUAGUUGAUGAUGAUGAAACAAUAGAUAUACAUAUGAAUCAAAAGAGGUCAAGGUGAAAGGUCAAGAAGUGAAAAUGUAGGUGAAAGGUCAGAGGUCAGUGUUUACAGCAGAAAUGCCAGCGUGUUCAGAGUCGGACGUGGGAUAACGGUUAUUUCUUACGUUGUCGUGGUGACCAACUGACCACUGAACAAACAGAAGACUGUUUUAGGGGACACGGGACCGACAGACAGACGGACUGUGCAUCCCGAACACAAUCAGCUGACACGUCUGGUCAGGUGACCAAGGCGCCACGACCGUGUCACACUCUUUCAUUUCAUUCCUUUUACCAGAAAAAGAAAAAAAACAAGGGGGAGGAAAAAUGGAGGAGAGAAAAGAGUAAGUUCCCUCACAGAGCGGGGGACUGAAGCUGAGAAAGGAAACUGUUGUACUCUUGGGGAACGCCGUCUUUUAGAUGACUAGAUUCAUUUCUUUUUAAGAGAAGAAGAAGAACAGUAGAAAAGAGUAAGCAUAAAAAAAAACUAACAAAUCCAUAGAUACAUUCCGGUAGAAUGUGUGUGUAGCUUUUGUAAAGACAACAAGAUAAGAAAAAAAUAAGAAAAAAAUCCCUUUGUUUAUUUUCAUUUCAAGAAGAGAAGCUUACAGAGAAGGUUAUGAAUAUAGGUAAUAAUAAUAAAUAUAAGGCUUGUUGUUGUGAGGAAAACACUAGUUGGAAUGUCUGUCUAUCAGGGUUGGGGUCAAUUCCAGUCAAUUCAGAAAGUCAACCCUAUUCCAAUUCCACAUUUUCCCCAUUGAAGAGAAUUGGAAUUUCAGUGUACUUCCUGAAUUGACUGGAAUUUAAAUGGAAUUGACCCCAAACCUGCUGUCUAUAAAGAGCACUGUGCAAGGUUUAUAAUUUCCCAAAGUAGUCAUUUUUAUUUUGACUUUAUCGAUAGACCAAACCUAUAUCUUAUGAAAAUGUAAUGAGUCACAUUCUGUUGGAGUAAAAAGCUGCCGUUUCCAUCCCCUCGCCCCGAUCAAUCAAUCAAUCAAUCAAUCAAUCAAUAAUCCAAUCAAAACUUUAUUCUCAUGUUAUUAUUAAGUGCUUGUAUGAGAUUCAAGUUUACAUCACAAAAUAUAAUUUGAUAUCAAAAUAUGAACCUAUUUCUAGUGUCACAUGGUAUUGUCUUAGAGCAUCAUACCACACUCUGUUCGGCACACAGUGAACAUGCAAAUAUCUUAUAAUAAAAAUAAAAAAAUGAAUCCCUACUUAUGAUUGUAAACAUCACUAAACUAUUUGAUUGGAUAAGCCUUCUCGCCCUCUUUGCCCAUUGGUUGACGGCGAGAGCCUGGGAUCGGAACCGCAGCCUUACUUUUGGUUCACGUGCAUUAUGGGUUUUACUUCUAUCCUCAUUACAGCGCCUUAUAUGAGUUUAGAAGUUCUCUAAGUGGUGUUUCCUUAAAGACAGGCUACAUCCAUAACUGCACCCUAUUCUCUAUAUAGUCUGUUACUUUUAACCAGGACCAUUGAGCCCCGGUCAAAACUAGUGCUAAGCACCCUGAUCGAAAGUAGUGUACUAUUUAGGGAAUAGAGUGCCCAUUUGGAUGUAGACUGUAGUGUCAAAGCCACCGUGCCUUCUGUGUCAAGCACUUCCUGGAUUUGGUAUUUUGUAAGCUCACCAAAAGCACUUAGCCCACAUCUCUCUCUCUCUCUCUCUCUCUCUCUCUCUCUCUCUCUCUCUCUCUCUCUCUCUCUCUCUCUC